AUGCUGCCGGCGAGACGCUUGAGAAUCUUGACAGGCGAGUGCUCCAAACCGGCCUCUGCCCUCACUUCUCCGACCUUGGACGAACCCACAGGGACCUUGUCAGCAAGCACCGCCAUAAGCAGCAAUAUUGCAGAACGAAAUAGCAGACAGGCCUCAUGUGCCAAUUACGCUAAAGUAACUGGCUUCUCAAAAAUGAUGAAAAAGUUCAUCUUCAGCUGCCUCCAACUUAUGCCAAAUAAACGAGGUACUCUUGACUUCUGGCUUGACACAAGGCUCUUCAGUCUAAACAAGGACUAUGUUCAGCAGUUGUCUACCAAUGUUAUCUCUGCCACUCCUCUUCGCCAGUAUCUGGCUGAUAAUCCCCCGGCAAGUUGGUCCCUAGGAGAGGGGAAGGAUGACAUCCAUCAGCUCGCCUUUCCUUGA